AUGUCCUCCAAACCCGUCUACACCCUCAUCAGCGCCACCCCCUCCCCCUACGCACGCAAAGUCCGCAUCGUCCUCGCGGAAAAAGGCAUACCCUUCACAUUGCAAACCGAAGUCCCCUGGGACAGCGACACCAAAACUCCCACCUACAAUCCUCUGGAGAAACUGCCCGUACUCAUCCACAAUGAGACCGACCAAGCUGUUUACGAGAGCCAUUUUAUUCUCGAAUGGCUCGAAGUCAAACAUCCGGAUACUCUGUCUAUGAUUCCUCGGGAUGCGGAUCAGAGGCUGUUGGCGAAGCAGAUUGAGGUUGUUGCUGAUGGUAUAUGUGACGCUUUAGUAUUGGCCAUAUGGGAAAGAAACAGAGACAAAGACAAACAAUCCGAGCCGUGGGCAGCACGACAAACGCGAAAAAUCAACGGAGGUUUACAAGCUUUGAAUAAAUGGGUCGAGAAUCGCCCACGAGGACAACAAUACAUUAUAGGAGAGACCCUGACAAUCGCCGAUAUUGCCGUCUGCAGCGUGUUGGGCUUCAUGGGCGUGCGGUUUCCCGAGCACGAGUGGAAACAAAAGUAUCCCCAAUUACGAGAGUUUUGGGAACACUUGGAAACGACGCGAGACUCGUUUGCAUCGACGCAACCCAAAGCGCAAACGUACAAAGAUCGGAUUGUUUGA